AUGUCUGUAAAGCUAGCUGACAUACUUCCACCUCCGUCUUCUACUUCUGAUGAAUGGUCUUCAGUACGUCGUGAUCCGUGGUUCCAGGGAAGGGAAACUGCUUUUGAAAAAGAUGAUAGUGAAGCUGUAGUAGUGAAAGAACCGCCGCCUUAUGGUAAAAGAAGUGAUUGGAUACCCAGGAAUGUUGAGGAUUUUGGUGAUGGCGGCGCAUUUCCUGAAAUACCAGUUGCACAGUUUCCUUUGGGCAUGGGGAUGGAUUUGCACAAAAAAUCUGGUGGCGACAAAACAAUCGCUCUUCAGUUUGAUACGGAAGGGAAAUUAAGGCAUGACGCAAUUGCUCGAAUCGGUCAUUCCAAUGACAAAAUUGUUUAUACAAGGCUUGCUGAUAUGAAGCCAAAAAUGUUAGAUGAUGAAGAUGAAUCCUUUCAACGGCCUGACGACGAAACAAUUGCAGAGCAAACUGAAACUACUCGUUUAGCUCUGGAAAAAAUAACAUCGACAAAGAUAGCCAGUGCUUUACCUGUACGACACGCAGAAAGACCAAAUCCGAUUCAGUAUAUACGUUACACUCCAAGCCAACAAAGUAGUGGAUUCAAUAGCGGUGCCCAGCAGCGAAUUAUUCGUAUGGUUGAAGUGCAACAGGAUCCUAUGGAACCUCCAAAGUUUAAAAUCAAUCAGAAGAUACCACGUGCUCCUCCUUCUCCUCCAGCACCCGUUAUGCAUUCACCACCUCGAAAAACAACUGUGAAAGAACAAGCUGAUUGGAAAAUUCCUCCAUGCAUAUCAAAUUGGAAAAAUCCAAAAGGAUUCACCAUUGCUCUCGAUAAGAGGCUUGCUGCUGAUGGAAGAGGCUUGCAGCAGGUACAUAUUAAUGAAAAUUUCGCGAAGUUGGCGGAAUCAUUAUAUUUGGCUGAUCGCACAGCUCGCGAAGCUGUUGAGACACGCGCUCAAAUGGAACGUCGUGUUGCACAGAAUAAGAAAGCUGAACAAGAAGAGAAAAUGAGAGCCAUGGCUGCGAAAGCCAGACAAGAGCGGGCGCUAUCAAAGAAGGCUCAUGAAGAUGAUUUGGCUAAUCAGGAAGCUCGUGAACGAGAUCAAAUUAGACGUGAUCGCGUGGAUGAGUAUCGUCGUGAAAAAAAUAUAGCGAGAAACAAUCCAGAUAAGUUAGAUCGUCUCAAAAAAGGUCGUGACCGCGAUAUAAGUGAGAAGAUCGCAUUAGGAUUGCCAGAUGCUCGAGCUAGACAUCACGAGACACAAUUCGAUCAACGUUUGUUUGAUCAAUCCAAGGGAUUGGAUAGCGGUGGCAUUGAUGAUGAAACAUAUAGCGCAUAUGACAAGCCAUGGCGUGCUCAAGAUAAUAUUCAGCAGCAUAUAUAUCGACCAAGCAAAAAUCUUGACAGAGAUCUUUAUGGCGAUGAUCUGGAUCGCAUUAUCAGCACUAAUCGAUUCGUUCCUGACAAAGGAUUUAGUGGUGCUGAACCGGGGACUGGCCGCAAUGCCGGACCUGUCGAAUUCGAGAAAGAGGAAGAGGAUAUUUUUGGUCUUGGUCAGUUACUGCAAUCAGCUAAAGAAUCGGGUAAAGAAGUAAAGAAAAGAGCAGUGGAUGGAGGGGACGAGGGAUCCUCAUCUAAGAAACGUCGAUAA